UCUACUUCCAGCGACUUCUUCUUUCUUCUUCGACGGAUGUUGAAAUUUUUUCAAAUUUCUUUCAAUUUUUGUCUCUGACACCAACCAUACAGAAGGACGAUUUGUCUACCAAAUCCAUCAACAAAUCGCGCCGGCCAAGAGAUGGAGAUGAAAAUCUUUCCUCAGGCUUUCAUAUCCAAUCGUAUGUAGAGCCAGAGAGCUGGAUUUUUGCCUUCCUUCGGAUUCGACCCAUUUCUCCAAGAAACGUUCUUUACGCUUAUAGACGCCAAGAACAUCUUUCAUGGUUUCUUUGCGCUCACAGGGGCUCUAUCUUAAUCCUCCCUAAAUUUCUAAACAUAGCGCUGUGAUUUCCACGGCAAUUUCUGUCAAACCGAACGUCCUCUCUAUCUCUCUCUCUGUAUUUCUCUUUCGCCUAGCGCCAUUGAUCCCUACAAGUACCGUUCCUCAAGUGCUUACAAUUCACCCUUCUGGACUACCAACUCCGGUGCUCCGGUUUUGGAACAACAACGCGUCCUUGACAGUUGGAUCCAGAGGUCUCUGAAAAGUUUUUUCCUGAGUUAGCUGUUGGCUUUGAGGAUCCUCGCAUAAGUCGCAUUCACCUUAAUAUUGGUGAUGCUGCUGAUUUUCUUGGACAUGCACCCAAAGGGAAGUAUGACGCUAUCAUUGUCCAUUCAUCAGAUCCUGUGGGUCCUGCCCAGGAGCUUGUGGAGAAGCCUUUUUUUGAGACAGCAGCUAGAGCAUUAAGGCCUGGCGGUGUUCUUUGUAACAUGGCAGAAAGCAUGUGGCUCCAUAUACAUCUUAUUCAAGAUAUGAAUUAUGUUUGCCGUGAAACAUUCAAGGGCUCUGUACUUUUUUUAAAAUUUUUAUUUAUUUUUUAUUAUUAUUAUUAUUUUAAAUGGUAGAAUGUUUUUGUUUUGGUGUGAAACUAAUGCUUGGCAUUUGACGAAUGUGUUAACCCUUCAUUAGUUCCUUAGAAUCAGCUUUGAUAUUUUAGAGACAUUGGACAUAGUGGCAGAAAAUUUGUGGAACUUGAUAGUCAUAUAAAGAGAGGCUAGCCAUGAUAGCAAUCAUAACACGAUUUUAUUUGAGUUGUAUAUAAUUUGGAUUCUUCUCAUUAUCUGAUAUUAUGUUCCUUUAUUUGUUUCCCGGCCAUGAGAGCAGUGUAGAGCAGGUCCUUCCUGCUAGCCUUUUGCCUUCUCCUACAAAAUCAGCUGGAGAUAAUCUCUCUGAUUUCUCUACGGCGAUGAUGGAGGUUAAUAAGAACUCUGCAUUCUCAAUUUCUCAUUCUUCUGAUGAAAUUAUCUUAUUACUGCCCAGCACUUUUGUCAGUGACAAAGCUUCACAAUAAUUUCUAAAAGCCAAGGUUCUGUAAAAAGGGUGAGCAUGGCAUUGAAGAAUUUCUCUAACAAGGUAGCAUUAAAGAAUUUCCAUCAAAACAUAAGAAUUCCUAGCUCUAAAGAAUUUCUAUUUACUUAAAGAAUGGUUGUGAUUUAUUUACUUAAAGUUUCAAUCUUAUCUUAUUGAUGCUUCUAUAACUGCUUUGUUUCUCCAUAAUUAUCUUCAUCUAACAGGAGUCCCUGGUGAGUUAAUUGAAGAUUCCAAAUUUGUACCUUUGACUGCUGAACAACACUCAAUUUGUAUUUCUUCAGCUUCGAAGAUUUGUCAUACGGUUGUGAUAACUAAAGCACUAGUUCCAAAUUUUUUAUGUGAAGGCUUAAGUGUUGACGCUAUGAAUGGGAAAUUGACUAGAAUGGCUUUCCGUGUUCCUACUGUCGAUGUCCGUGGUUGACCUUACUCUGAGGCUGGAGAAGGCAGCUACUUAUGAUGAAAUUAAAGGUGCUAUCAAGUGUUGUGCUACUUGGGGUUUGCUUGUAUUUCCCCAAAUUUCAUAUCUUAUUUUGGUGAAUUUUAUGAUAUAUUGCAAGGUUGGCGUCUAGGAGACCUAAGUUUGAUAUCCACACAGCCUGGUGAGUAUUUUACUUACUGAGGGACAUUAAGAAUUUAAAUAUAUGAAUUGCUAUGUUUGGUUUAAUUUGAUGUUAAUUCUAUGAUGAUGAUGAUUUGGUAUAUGUAAUUAUGAAUUAUAUUGUGAAAAAUAAAAUAUGUUGAAUUGAUAUUGAAGAAUGCAUGAGAUUUGUGUUGUGAAUAUGAUAUAUGUUGAUGAAUUGAUAUUGAAGAUAUGCAUGAAAAUAUAUGUGAAUGAAUUUGUGAGAUAUUUGGAUUGAGAAUUGUAAUGAUAAAUGGGCGUUGAUGAAAUUGGUUGUAUUUAUGAUUAUGGAAUAGUGGAUAAAAAUGUAUGUGAUUGAGUUGUGAGAAUUGCGAUGAUAAGUUUAUAUUGAUAUGCUUGAAAUGGCUUAGGGUUGAAUAACAUGAAGUUUGAAUGAUGGUUUGUAUAGUAUGAGAUUAUGUGUUAAAUAUGAAUUUGUUGUGGAUGUGGUAUGUGUUGAAAGAAAGAUGUUUAAGAAUAUACAUGUGAUGAUAUGUAUAUAGUGUAGGUGCUUUGGUAUUAUGAGAAUCCGGUAGUUGAUAGAUGGUAAGUCCAGUGUUGUAGUAUCUGGCACAGUGGUAGGCCAUAGCGUAGUAGCUCUUGGCUAAGGGUGGUAGGUCAUAGGGUAGUAGCUCUUGGUUGAAAUGUGUGCCCUGCAAGUUGUAGCUUUACGGGCGGUGCUGACGAUAACCUAGUGUUGUAGUGCUAGCAUUCGUGAGAGGUGUGCCCUGCGAGUCGUAGCUUUACGGGCGGUGUUAUGGUAAGCCUAGAGUCAUAGCUCUAGCACAUGCGAGUUGAUAUUUUUGGGUUCUAUGCGUAAGCCUAGGGUUGUAGCCCCUAGCUGUCGAGUUGGUAAAAUUCAGGGUAUUGCUUAUGGUAUGCGUGGAAUAUUGUUAGUGGAAACCAUGAUAAUAUAUAGUGUGAUGAUCAGCGUGACUUGUACUUGAUAAUGUGUUGUAUGAACUUAAUUAUUUUUUAAUAACCCUAUUGAACUCUGCAUGCAUUAAUGUUUGUGAUGUUGUAUACUUAGUGAGUUUUAUACUAUCGAGGCCUCAACACUUCUUAUUGAAGCGGUGAACUCAUAUUUUCACCUAUACGGAUGUAGCUACUAAGUACUUCGGUCGUAGUUGAUGGUAUUGUAGAAAUGUACUUGAGAUAUUAUGAUUGAAGCACGCCGCGACGGUUGUAAUUGUCGGACCACGGGUGUCCACUGUUUUAUAGGUUUGAAUUUAUGGCUCGUGUCGCCUGUGACAAUUGUAUUGUUGAGCCAUUAUUAUUAUGUAAUUAUUGUAUGGAUAAGACUUAAACGGAUAGAUGUUAAAUGACUCUUUGUUGUAGUUAUUUGUGAUAGAUGUAUAAGUUAGAAUUUUCGCUAUUCAGGUUUAUGUCUUCCGCUGCAUAAAUAGAUAUAGGUUAUAAUCUGAUUAUUAGGUACAUGAUAUGGGGCAUGUACUAUAUGUUGGCUUUACGACACAUUGUCGUGCCACUGAGAAGAUUCGUUUAUGCAAAAGAUUUGUAUUAAAAAAAAAAAAUGGUCGUCACAAGAAUACUAGCAAUACCCAAACCAAUGGAGUGAUGAAUGAAGCACUUCCCAUUUCAGGAUUCUUCAUUUUAGUUGGAAAAAUUGUUAAUGGAUCAUAACUUAUAAAUCUUUAUAUAUACUUUAAAAUGGGGGUGGGCGUUGGGUAAGUUGGUGUCGGAGACACCAUUUCUGACUCCCGACCGGAAUUGUCGAUAAAUUCGGAUAAUUACCCAACCAUUUUCUGAGAAGUAACAUAUUUUAAAUUUUCGGUUAAUUCGGAAUAAUCAGGUAAAUCGAUAAUGAACGGUCGGAUAAAUCAGAAAUUCAAUCAUUAAUUCAUUAAGAUUAUAGCUUAAAAUUUUAACUUUCGAACAAACCCAAUAACUCAAAACUCAUAGACUCGUACCCAAACAAUAAUCAAUUUCACAAUUGAGAUACCUAGUCCCCAACACACGGAAACAUGUGGUGUAUAUGUCGGAGAAGAAGAAAUAAACAAAUUUACCUGAUUAAAUUGGGUAGCAAAUUUUUCUUAACAUAUUCCCUUAUACACUGAGACAUAAAAACUAAAAAGGAUAGAAAAUCCUAGAGGACCUAAACUUUUAAAAGAAAAUGUCGAAUGUUAUGUUGAUUCAGCGAUUAAGUUUAUUACUAGACCGGAACACGUCAACAUAAGAGAGAGAGAGAGAGAGAGAGAGAGAGAGAGAGACGGGCGGCUAGGUGUCACAUACAGUGUGGGCGGCAGCUGCAGUAGGGAGGGAGUGAUCUAGAUUCUAGGGUUAUUUUUUUUUAUCGGGAGAGUGGGAGACGGUGCAUAAGGAUGAUUCUAGGGUUUGAAAUGUCAAAUGUGACGUGUGCGAGAAAAAUUCGGAUAUAUAAGCUUGUUAAACGGAGUCGUUUUAGUUGUUAUUCUAGGGUUUUUUUGAUAACGUGACAAACAACGUCGUUUUGCACAAUGUCGGUCGGGUCAGGUUGGAACCCAACGGAAAAAUUCUUCUACUUGAUUACCGACCGACUAUUAAUUUGGUAAAUUUUUUUAUUCCGAUUUUCAUUUUUUAAAAAAAAAUUUUUAUUUUAUUUUACGGUAGACAUUAGGCUGUCAAAGACGGUUUGGUGGUGGUUGGUGAGUUUUCGGUAAUCGGUAAUCAGAUAAUUUUCUCCCCCUACUUUGAAAAUUUAUUUUAAAAAUAAAGUCUCAAUGAUAAGGUUCUAAUUUUUGGUAUGUAGGAAGGGUUCAAAUCUUAACAAGGGCUAGCCAUCCUUAGAGAUUAUUUUCAAAUUGAUUUUACAGAUCGAAAUUUUUAUCAUUUAAAAUUAGGCAACAGUAUUUUAAAGACAAGAAAUUUUGACUCUUCUUUUAAAAAUGAUAAAUAUAUAUUCUGAGCUUGUCCUGUAUGGCUAUAUUAUAUAUAAGUUUUCAAUAAAGUGGUGUGAACUCUGUCUUUUGUGCGGUCACCCCUCCCGUCUCUAUUCUCUCUCCAAUAAUGUGAAAUAAGCAAAGAAAGACUUGGGGAUAGAGUGGUUGACUCUUACUUGCAUCUGCUGCGCCUGCCUGGUUCUAAAAUCCAACAACAAACCCACUCUCCGCCACUAGUCUUUGCUCUCGCUCGCUCGGUCGCUCUACUUUAUCAGGAACCAAAAUUCAGCUUGUUGUGGCAGUACUAAAAGAAGUUCGUGGCCUGGGGUCUAUUAAUAAUUUGGACGUUGAUUCUUCUUCAUUUUGGACAUUAUAUCACUGAUCGAUAAGGUCAGAUAUGAGACAACGCGGUCGUCAGCAAGAUAAUUGGGAGCGCUCGAUCAGUAGUACUAUUACGGAUGUUGAGAAGCAAUUAGGUCCCCAGCAGCAGGAUGAUGGAGUCGAUUCAGGAGGAAACUGGGCAAAACUUGACCCGACUGGGGGGCUCAUUUUGAAGUGGCAUGCGAUGUUUGUAGUGUCGUGUGUGAUUGCAGUAUCAGUGGACCCUUUGUUCUUUUACCUUCCUGUGAUCAACGAAGAUGACAAGUGUCUUGCCUUAGAUCGAAGACUAAAGAUCACUGCUAUUUGUUUGCGGUCGGUCUUCGAUAUCAUAUAUUUUGCAAAUAUGAUUUUGGGAUUUCUUUGUCCUUAUAUAGACGAUGACGCUAAUCGUAAAUAUGGACGAACUGAGAUUGUUACAGAUGCUCUGAAAAUAAGAAACAGGUACUUGAAGUCCUACUUUCUAAUUGACAUCCUUGCCAUUCUUCCAAUCCCACAGGUUUUAGUUCCAAUUAUUUUUUCAAAAAUGAGAAGCUCGAAAUUUUUGGACAUAAGGAAGUUCCUGAACGCCUUUGUUCUCUUGCAAUAUGUGCCAAGAGUUCUCCGAAUCUACCUAUCAUGGACUAAACUUAACGAAAGUUCUAGAGAACUUGCUAGAAGAGUAUGGAUUAAAGCUGCAUUCAAUAUUUUUCUAUAUAUCCUUGCCAGCCAUGUACUUGGUGCCUUUUGGUACUUCUUCUCUAUCCAACGAGAGACGGCUUGUUGGCACAUAGCUUGUGAAAAUCAUAUUGGAUGUACCCCAAGUGCUUUUUAUUGUGGUCGCAAUUUAGGAAAUUACACAUUUUUGGAUGAUGCUUGUCCUAUACAAACGCCAAAUACAACACUCGUUGAUUUUGGAAUAUUCCUUGAAGCCCUUCAAUCUGGUACUGUGUCGUCAACAAAUAUUUUACCAAAGAUCUUGCACACUUUCUGGUGGGGCCUUCGAAAUUUGAGUUCUCUUGGUCAGAACCUUCAAACAAGUACCUAUUUCUGGGAAAACUGCUUCUCAGUUUUUAUUUCGAUCUUUGGUUUGCUAUUGUUUUUGUACUUCAUCGGUACUGUGCAGACAUACAUGCAGAUGGCAACUGAGAAGUCGGAGGAGAUAACAAAAAAUACGAAACGUAAAGAAUUAGAGAUACAGUUAUGGCUAUCUAGAAACAAGCUCCAUGAUAAAAUGAAAGAACAGAUCAUCUCUUGCAUACAGUACAGACUAAAAGAAAAGAAAGAUUUUGAUACGGAGAAUCCGAUUCCUCAUCUUUCAGACAUAAAACUUACAAAGGAGAUUAAGCGCUAUAUUUGCUUACCCCUGCUAAAAAAUGUACAAAUCCUUAAAAAUGAAAAUGAUCAAUAUCAGCUGCGAUUGAUCUGUGAAUCUCUCAAGCCAUUGUACUACAAUGAGAACAGCUACAUUCUCCGAGAGGGAGAACCACUUACUGCGAUGCUCUUCAUCACGCAAGGCAGUGUAUUGUGCUUCAAAACCAAUAAUGGUGAGAAUGGUGAGGGAACCGUCUCAGGCGCUCAGUGUAUUGAAAAAGGUAUGUUCUACGGAGAAGAACUUUUGGAGUGGGGGUUCAAUGGCUCCCCCGAGCCCCAACUAUCCAACCUCCCAAUCUCCAAAACUGUUAAAACCCUUACAAAAGUUGAAGCCUUUGCUCUGACGGCCGACCAAUGGAAAAUUCUAGUUUCUAGGCGUUCCCAAGCAGCUUCCCAUGCAGCUUCCCGAGCAAAACGGUUUGCACAAGCAGCACUAGCUCGCCGGCACCUUAAUGAAAAGAUGAAUAAAAAUUCUCCCAAAAUGGCUAAGGAGAACAGCACGAGCAGUCAUGCUCUUGGGGCUUUAAGACUAGCAGUGCCACACGUUGUUGAAAAGCAAUAGAUUGUUCUGAAGGUCUUUGUGUUAAGUUGUAUAUUCCACUGGUUUGCCUGUGAUAUAGUUGCUAGUUGUUUGAAUAACAAUCGCAACAGAUUGUUAUUUGUUCAUGAAUGUGUCUUUAGUUUUUCAAUGUUGUAGCUUGAUGUAGAAUACAUGUCUUUAUACAAUAAAUCAAGCUAUUUUAUUU